AUGAUCUUACUCUUGUCCAUUAGUCUUUUGGCCGUUGCCUACCUUCUCUCGCUUAUCGUGUAUCGGAUCUAUUUUCACCCAUUGUCCAAGAUUCCUGGGCCAUUACUACCAAGGAUAACUGAUUGGUACGCCGCCUGGCUGGUAUGGAGAGGUACUUCACAUACUGCAAUUUGGAAAGGACAUCAGAGAUAUGGCAAUGUUGGCAGAUGCGGCCCUAAUUCAGUAUCCGUGUGCUCUCAAACGGGGCUGAUGGAAAUAUAUUCAACAAAGGCCAACGUUUGUAAGAUUGACUCUUAUGUGGUAAUGAGUGUGAGCAGCCAUGCGCCCAAUACAUUCAGCUGCAUAGAUAAGAAGACACAUGCAUUCAAGCGGAGGAUCCUUUUCCAAGCCUUUACAGAUAAUGCGUUGAAUGGAGUGCAGAAUCAAAUUUUAUCCCACAUAAGUGACUUUUGUGCCAUGCUGAAUCCUCCCUCCGAUAGGGCAGGACCGAGCUUAGACUGGGGGCCCAGUGUGGACAUCGCACCUCUAUGUGACUAUCUUGCAUUUGAUGUCAUUAGCGACCUGAGCUAUGGGCGAAGCUUUGGCAUGCUAAAAAGCGAUAGAUAUCGCUAUAUACCACAAUUAACCAAAACGCUAGCUCGCCGGAAUGCUACGUGUAUGUCCCAACCAAAGGUGUGGCGCUAUAAGCUUGAUCGUUUGUUCUUCGCCGGCUUCAUCAGCGCAUUAAAGGAUUUUAGUCGUUGGAUUCGUCACCAGGGGAAGGAAAGGGCUCGUCUAGGGAACAGUGGCCCCCGAAAAGAUUGCUUCUACUAUUUACUCAAUGCAUUAGAUCCCAAGACUGGGCAAGGAUUUACAGAGAGGGAAUUAUGGGAUGAAUCAUUACUCUUAGUCGUUGCGGGGUCAGAUAGUGUCGCCACCAGCCUGAGUGCGGUUCUCUUUAACCUCGCGCAUAGCCAGCGGGCCCUGCAAAAGGUCACCACAGAGAUCCGUUCGUGCUUCAAACAGAAGGAAGAUAUUCGCCUGGGCCCUCAGUUAAAAUCGUGUAGCUAUCUGCAUGCAUGUAUAUCAGAGUCCUUACGCAUUUCGCCGGCAGCCUCAAACAUGGCUCCUCGCCGUGUAUUGCAGGGGGGCAUAACGGUGGACGGCUAUUACAUACCAGAAGGGACUAUAAUCGGGACACCAAUCUAUGCCCUCCACCAUAACGAGGAAUACUAUCCAAGACCAUUCAAAUAUGAGCCAGAGCGCUGGUUGGAGGAUGAAACCAAUGACGAUAGUUCAUUGACAAAUGAUGGGCUGAAGCGAGCACGGGCAGCGUUUUGCCCCUUUAGCAUUGGACCAAGAUCUUGCCUUGCUAAAAACCUGGCGUGGGCCGAGCUCACUCUUACACUUGCCCGGGUCCUGUUCUCAUAUGACAUCCGACUACCGCCUGAUCAUUGUGAGGUUGAACCGGACUGUUGCAGCUCGGUGCCUAGGGAUCAGAGCCCUGAGUAUAAGCUGCGCACAUGGAUUGUGUCCGCGCGAGAAGGGCCAUCCCUACAAUUUCGCCCCAGGAAUGAUUAA